GGCCGCAGCUCCUGUUCCCCAAACCUUAAACCCUAGAAAGCGUUGCGCUGCGCGCCUCUCUCUCUCGGUCGGAGGCAGAAGGGGAAGGAGGAAAAGGAGAUGAGGGCGGUGACGGGAUCGGUGGCGUCCUCGAAACGGGUAUCCGUCUCGAAGGCGGCCGCCAUUCUUUCCCGCUUCGCCGCCGCCGAGACGGGCGCUCGCCGGGACGUCGCUGCCUACCUCAAGCGCGCCUCCGCAGCCUUCGACGAGCUCGUUCGCUUCCACCGAGAGGUCAGGGAUGGCCAGCGGCGACGAGAGCGCGGGAGCCGGGUGGAGGAGAAAGAAACGAGGAGGAAGAAGCAUGCCGGCAGUGACGGCGACCCCAACCCAAGGGAGGUGGAGGGAAACCCUAGAGGAAGGCCGGAGAAGGAGAUCAGAGGGAUUCGGGAGGUAGAGGAGGAGAAGGAGGUGUUGGAGGGUGGGGAUGACGGGAACCUAACGGAGGUGGAGGGGAACUAUGGGGGCGGAGUCGCGAGAGAGGAGGAUGGGAAGAGGAAUAGUAAGAAGAAGGGGGUAAACGACGCGAGGGAAAGCAGCGAGCUUGGGGGGAGGAAUGAGAAGAAGAUGGAGGUAGAAGGAGAGAGGAGGAAGGAGGAGAAGAAGAGGAGAAGGGAGAUGGGUGAGGAGAGAAGGGACGGUGGUGGAAAGAAGAGGAGGAAUUCAGAUGAUGGAGAAGAAAACGAAGGUGGAGGACUGGAUGAUCAGAGCGAGCGGCACAAGAAAAAGAAGAAGAGGCGGAAGAUCGGAACGGAGGAGUAGGGAUCAAAGGGGACAGAUUUUCUUUUUUUGAUGGAGGUCUGGCUGAAAUUGGUUCAGUUCAAAACAAUUAGAGAAAAAGAGAUUACAGUGUAUGCUCAGUGUGCACCUCCGGGUUUGUUUUUUGUUUUGUUUUUUCUUUUUUUUUUUCUUUUUUUUCUUUUUUAACGGGCAUAUCUCACAGAUACGAAUAUAUCCAGUAGAAUCGGCAAACAAAAAGUUCCGGAAUGCACCAGGCAUCUCACCCUUUCCAACCCAUAGGGUGUUUUCUGAGUGACUCGCUAUAUAUGCUGCCAUCCAGUCCGUCAUUCCGUUAGUCUCACGGUAUACAUAUAUGGUCUGAAAUGUAACAUCCUUCCUCACCAUCAACCAAAUAUCAUGGAGUAGAGGAUGAACUUCUCCUUCACUGCUCGAGCCCCUUCUUAAUUGUUUGGAUCACAUUUUUUAUCUUUCCAUGCCUAACAAAGCUAUGAAAGAUGAGGGACUCAUAUCCAUUGGACAUCGAGCAAAGGCACCUGUAUCACUAGCUUGUCAAUGGAUUCAUCAUAUCUAUUGACAGUCGUUGAAUUGGUUCUCUUGCCUGGCUACAAUUUGGAUAUAAAAGGACAUGGCCAACAAAAUAUAAAAUAUAUAAAAGGAAAAAUCUAUGUUAUGGUAAACUAAUCAAGGUUGACACUUGCUUGAGGUUGGUUAACCGAUAUGAAGAAAAACGCGAUCUAACGACAAAUUAAUAAAGCUUACCGCCUGCUGGGGUUCGUCAACCAAUAUCCAUCCAACUCACAACCUAAUAAUUGAGUUCACUUCGGUAGAUGUGAACUGACUGCCACCUUAAGUUGAUCUGCCAACAGCAUACAAUUCAUUUAUAUAAUUACACAUCC